AUGGACCUCCAGGAUGGCAGAGCACGCCUGCAUGCCGAGCAAGCCCGACGCCUGGCAGCCGCGUCCGCGCUGGGUUUCCAAGGAACAGCGGGCCAAGAGGCAGACAGCCCCAGCAGCGCCGCUGACGGGGUGCAUGCACAGCCCCAGCGACCAGCCCGCGUGGGCGCUUCCGCUCGUGCGGACUGGCGAGCCAGCUUGGUGGCCCAGGUCAACCCCCCGGGCGAGGGCUCGGCUGGAGAGACGACGGCGCGGGAGGUCGGCGACUGCGCGGCCGCAGCUGCCGGGCGCGAGCGCGAGCAGAGGCGCCCGCAGCAGUGCAGCUGGCUGGAGGCCGAGGGACAGGAGGUCAAGUGCGCUCGCACGCAGCGUGCAGAGCGCGGCGGACCGUUCAUCCGUCUCCUGCUGUAA